AUGUAUUUCAAAAAAGUUUUAAUUAUCUUGGUCAUUUCAAGUAUAAUUAAUUUGACAAAUGGUGAGACUUGCCAGGGUCCAUAUGCUUGGCAACAGAGAGAUUGUGUCAGUCUUGGAUCAGCUUGUAAUAAUACCAAUUCUACAUGUAUCAAUUCAUACUGUAAAGAAGAUAUUGUUGGUUCAAACGUUGGAGUUUGUACUGAAUACAUCGCUGCUGGAGGCGCUUGCACAGAUUCUCAAUCUUGCACACCUUGGCUCUCAUGUACCUUUUCAGUUUGUGUAGCAACAAACUAUCUUCAAAACGGUGAUGAUUGCACAGAAGACUAUGAAUGCUAUAGUCCUAUGAAAUGCACAAACUCCAAGUGCACUCAACCUGCCAGCUGCAUCCCGGUUGAGAAUAGUUGCCCACCAGGUCAAUUCUGCACAGCUAAAAAUGGAACAUGUAUCCCUAUUCAGACACUCGGUGAAAGUUGCAGUGCAAGAGAUGAAUGUGGUAUCAAUCUAGUGUGUAGCCCCGUCAACACUACCUCCAGUAUCUGCAUGGAACCAUUCUCUCAAGGUGUAGCCGGCUCCAAAUGCUCCAAUACUGGUAGUUAUUUCACUGUUUGUGAUAUUUCUCAAGGUCUCUAUUGCAAUCAAAGCAAUGUAUGUGCUCAAAUCCCAGAUACUCCAUCCAACAGUGUCUGUACCAAUGAUGAUGAUUGCAACGCUGUGGAAAAAUGUCUAUGCUCUGGUGGUGACCAAGCUCAAGGCAAGUGUGUCUCAAACUUGGCAACCACCAACGAAACUAGAUCCGAAUGUAUAACAGUUAGCCUUGACUAUGCCAACUGUUUAAUUGAAAACAAAUGUUCGGUAGUCUAUUUCAAUGUUGUCAAUACCUUGAGUUCCAAGUCUUGUUUUGCAAAGUGCACCUCUGAAAUGUGUGCCAAGAGUGUUUGCGCUGGUCCAGCUCAAAACUAUCCCGAACUACAAUGUGAAGAAACUGCUGGUAAUGAAAAUAUUAUGACUUGUUCUAAUUCCUCAAUCAUCGAAACUGGAUUGAUCUUUAUCUUUUUUGCUAUUUUAUCAACCCUUCUCUUUUAA